AUGUAUCCUACACAGAGACAAGAUAGAGAGACUCAAAGAGACCAAGUACUACAACACUGCCACUCACUCAGCUCUCCCUGCCUGUCCUACAACACCCCCAGUCCUCCAACACCCCUGUCCUCCAACACCCCCUGUCCUCCAACACCCCCUGUCCUCCAACACCCCCAGUCCUCCAACACCCCUGUCCUCCAACACCCCCAGUCCUCCAACACCCCCAGUCCUCCAACACCCCUGUCCUCCAACACCCCCAGUCCUCCAACACCCCCUGUCCUCCAACACCCCCUGUCCUCCAACACCCCCUGUCCUCCAACACCCCCAGUCCUCCAACACCCCCUGUCCUCCAACACCCCCAGUCCUCCAACACCCCCAGUCCUCCAACACCCCCUGUCCUCCAACACCCCCAGUCCUCCAACACCCCCUGUCCUCCAACACCCCCAGUCCUCCAACACCCCUGUCCUCCAACACCCCCUGUCCUCCAACACCCCCUGUCCUCCAACACCCCUGUCCUCCAACACCCCUGUCCUACAACACCCCCUGUCCUCCAACACCCCCAGUCCUCCAACACCCCCUGUCCUCCAACACCCCCAGUCCUCCAACACCCCCUGUCCUCCAACACCCCCAGUCCUCCAACACCCCUGUCCUCCAACACCCCCAGUCCUCCAACACCCCCUGUCCUCCAACACCCCCUGUCCUCCAACACCCCCAGUCCUCCAACACCCCUGUCCUCCAACACCCCCUGUCCUCCAACACCCCCUGUCCUCCAACACCCCCUGUCCUCCAACACCCCUGUCCUCCAACACCCCCUGUCCUCCAACACCCCCUGUCCUCCAACACCCCCUGUCCUCCAACACCCCCUGUCCUCCAACACCCCCAGUCCUCCAACACCCCCUGUCCUCCAACACCCCCAGUCCUCCAACACCCCCUGUCCUCCAACACCCCCAGUCCUCCAACACCCCCUGUCCUCCAACACCCCCAGUCCUCCAACACCCCCUGUCCUCCAACACCCCCUGUCCUCCAACACCCCCUGUCCUCCAACACCCCCUGUCCUCCAACACCCCCAGUCCUCCAACACCCCCUGUCCUCCAACACCCCCAGUCCUCCAACACCCCCUGUCCUCCAACACCCCUGUCCUCCAACACCCCCUGUCCUCCAACACCCCCAGUCCUCCAACACCCCCUGUCCUCCAACACCCCCAGUCCUCCAACACCCCCAGUCCUCCAACACCCCCUGUCCUCCAACACCCCCAGUCCUCCAACACCCCUGUCCUCCAACACCCCCUGUCCUCCAACACCCCUGUCCUCCAACACCCCCUGUCCUCCAACACCCCCUGUCCUCCAACACCCCCUGUCCUCCAACACCCCCUGUCCUCCAACACCCCCAGUCCUCCAACACCCCCUGUCCUCCAACACCCCCUGUCCUCCAACACCCCUGUCCUCCAACACCCCCAGUCCUCCAACACCCCCUGUCCUCCAACACCCCCAGUCCUCCAACACCCCUGUCCUCCAACACCCCCAGUCCUCCAACACCCCCUGUCCUCCAACACCCCCAGUCCUCCAACACCCCCUGUCCUCCAACACCCCCUGUCCUCCAACACCCCCAGUCCUCCAACACCCCCUGUCCUCCAACACCCCUGUCCUCCAACACCCCCUGUCCUCCAACACCCCCUGUCCUCCAACACCCCUGUCCUCCAACACCCCCUGUCCUCCAACACCCCCCAGUCCUCCAACACCCCUGUCCUCCAACACCCCCAGUCCUCCAACACCCCCUGUCCUCCAACACCCCCAGUCCUCCAACACCCCUGUCCUCCAACACCCCCAGUCCUCCAACACCCCUGUCCUCCAACACCCCCUGUCCUCCAACACCCCCAGUCCUCCAACACCCCCUGUCCUCCAACACCCCUGUAGACAGUCCUCCAACACCCCCAGUCCUCCAACACCCCCUGUCCUCCAACACCCCCUGUCCUCCAACACCCCCUGUCCUCCAACACCCCCUGUCCCCCAACACCCCCAGUCCUCCAACACCCCCAGUCCUCCAACACCCCCAGUCCUCCAACACCCCCAGUCCUCCAACACCCCCAGUCCUCCAACACCCCCUGUAGACAGUCCUACAACACCCCCAGUCCUCCAACACCCCCUGUAG